UAAUGGCUGCUGCCAUCUGCCAUAUUUUUCUCAUUUUCGCUAUUAUGAGCGCAGGAUGGUCGCCUUCUUCUCCAACACCUGUUCCAUUCACUUUCUCGGCGCCCUCCUGUCACUCCUCCUCCUCCUCCGCCACGCCAAUGCUGCCGCCGGCGCCUCCUCCAAGCUCCCUUUCCGGGAGGCCCCCGCUUUUCGAAAUGGAAAAACUUGCUUCUCCUCGUCGGAGAACACCACCAUUCAUAUCGCCAUGACCCUCGAUGCAAACUACCUGCGUGGAACCAUGGCCGCUGUUCUUUCCAUUCUCCAGCAUUCCACCUGCCCGGAAAAUGUGGUUUUCCAUUUUCUUUGGGCUAGGCAGGAGCCCGAGGUUUUCUCCAGCAUUAGAUCCACUUUCCCUUAUCUUAACUUCAAAGUCUACCAUUUUGACAUCACAAGGGUUCGUGGAUUGAUUUCCAAGUCCAUUCGCCAGGCCCUGGACCAGCCCCUGAAUUAUGCCAGGAUUUAUCUCGCUGAUAUUCUGCCUCAAGAAGUUAGACGCCUGAUUUAUCUUGAUUCAGACCUUGUGAUGGUGGAUGACGUGGCCAAGCUUUGGGAGGUGGAUUUGAAGGAGAAAGUCCUGGCUGCACCUGAAUAUUGCCAUGCAAACCUGACGAAUUACUUCACGGAUGCAUUCUGGUCGGACCCGGAGUUGUCAAGGACGUUUGAGGGGCGGAAGCCAUGUUAUUUCAACACAGGGGUAAUGCUUAUGGAUGUGGAGAAAUGGAGAAAGGGGGGUUAUUCUCAGAAAGUUGAGGAUUGGAUGGUUGUGCAGAAACAGAAGAGGAUAUAUCACUUGGGUUCUUUGCCGCCUUUCUUGCUUGUUUUGGCUGGGAAUAUCAAGCCGGUUGAUCACAGGUGGAACCAGCACGGGUUGGGAGGUGAUAAUAUUGAAGGGAAAUGCAGGGGAUUGCAUCCCGGCCCCAUUAGCCUCCUCCAUUGGAGUGGCAAAGGGAAGCCUUGGUUGAGGCUGGAUUCAAGAAGACCUUGCAAUGUUGAUCAUUUGUGGGCUCCUUACGAUCUCUAUCGAUCAUCUAAGCAUUCAUUUGAAGAGUGAUAAGUAAAAUAUGGAUAUGUUCAAUUAGGGGGUGGCUUGGAAUUUGAGGUGAGGAGGGGGAUUAUGAUGUAGAGGUGAUAUAUCAGGAGUUAGAAAAGUUAUACUGCUACAUCUUAUUCCAAAAAAGGACAAAAAAAAAGAACUAAAAAUCCACAAAACUAUAUAUGUUUAAUUUUGCUUUAACCUCUUGAAGGUUGAAGAUCACAGAUACAUUGAUUGUUUUUCUAUUUUUAAUUUAUUUUCUUUUUAUAUGUUGAGGGAGAAAAAAGUAGGGGAAGCUAAGGUUGUGAGCAAUUCUCCAGAAAAAAAAAUUAACUACUAUAGUCCUGUGAAGAUUUCCACUUCUAGUGGUAAAGAAAGUGGAGGAGAGAUUACUUUGUGCAUAACUCAUAUGGUGCUUGCUGACUGAAUACUCACAGCUUGAUGAUCCUCUGGAAAUCAGACUGAUAACCCUCUGACCAAAACUUCUGUAGUUGUUACUUUUACAUUUUUUUCUCUUUUAUUAAUUAGUUAUAUAUCGUUACUGAAAUGUACUAUGAUACUUGAAUAUAUACAUGUGUUCUGUGUCUCUCUA